AUGUGCUCUUUCUAUCCAACCCAGUUGGAGUUGGAGACCAUCCAUUGCUUCCCUGAAUCGGUCAGUCUUAAUCUACCAGGGUUUUGUGUUCCUUAUACAUUUACAAAGGCAAUGGACAUACCUCAAUACGCUCCGGAAAAUACCGCAGGAAAUACUUCUGGCGCCAUACCUCUCUUUCCAGACGACAUUGACUAUGGAUAUUCUAAUAAUCCAUUCCGAUUCCCAACCUUGAAAGACCUGCAGCUCGCAUAUGGCCAUGACGCUACGGGAGCACAACAUGUCCCCGACCCCAAGACCAACAACUAUACCACCAAUGGCGAGUCACCUGGUCAAUAUAUCCGCAGGGAGCCCAAGAGGGACUCCGACGUGAGAUCUUCUGCCGAGAGUGCAAGCUGCGGUAAUGCAAGAUUGCAAAAGAACUCAUCUCAUGACAAACGGAUUACAAAACGGUGA